GCACGCACGCACGCACGCGGGGGCGGGGGCAGGCGCGCGCCCGCCUGUCGCGACAGUCGGGGCCGAGGCCCAGGGGGAGGUGGCCUGUCGCGGGUCGCCCGGCUCCCGGAGGCGAGGGGGGCGCGGGCGGAUGGCGGAAGGCGUCCAGCCGCAGCAGCCGCCUCAGCUCGGGCCCGGCGCCGCUGCCCGGGGGAUGAAGCGGGAGUCGGAGCUGGAGCUGCCGGUGCCCGGAGGGGGAGGAGACGGAGCCGAGCCCGGCCUGAGCAAGCGGCCGCGCACCGAGGAGGCGGCGGCCGACGGCGGCGGCGGGAUGCAGAACGAGCCUCUGACUCCAGGUUAUCAUGGAUUCCCAGCACGGGACGGCCAGGGUAACCAGGAGCCGACAACAACUCCUGACGCAAUGGUUCAGCCUUUUACUACCAUCCCGUUUCCGCCACCUCCCCAGAAUGGAAUUCCCACAGAAUACGGAGUGCCACACACUCAGGACUAUGCCGGCCAGACCAGUGAGCAUAACCUGACGCUGUACGGGAGCACGCAAGCCCACGGGGAGCAGAGCAGCAGCUCCCCCAGCACACAGAAUGGAUCUCUCACGCAGACAGAAGGGGGCGCACAGACAGACGGCCAGCAGUCACAGACACAAAGUAGUGAGAACUCAGAGAGCAAAUCUACCCCGAAACGGCUGCAUGUCUCUAAUAUUCCCUUCCGCUUCCGGGACCCCGACCUCCGACAGAUGUUUGGGCAGUUUGGCAAAAUCCUAGAUGUAGAAAUAAUCUUUAAUGAACGUGGUUCUAAGGGAUUCGGGUUCGUAACUUUCGAGAAUAGUGCUGAUGCAGACAGGGCCAGGGAGAAAUUACACGGCACCGUGGUAGAGGGCCGUAAAAUCGAGGUGAAUAAUGCUACAGCACGCGUAAUGACCAAUAAGAAGAUGGUCACACCAUAUGCAAAUGGUUGGAAAUUAAGCCCCGUGGUGGGAGCUGUAUAUGGCCCUGAGUUAUAUGCAGCCUCCAGCUUUCAAGCAGACGUGUCCUUAGGCAAUGAUGCAGCAGUGCCCCUAUCAGGAAGAGGGAGUAUUAACACUUACAUUCCUUUAAUCAGUCUCCCUUUAGUUCCUGGCUUCCCUUACCCGACUGCAGCCACCACGGCGGCCGCCUUCAGAGGAGCCCAUCUGAGGGGCAGAGGGCGGACGGUCUAUGGGGCAGUCCGAGCGGUACCUCCAACAGCCAUUCCCGCCUAUCCAGGUGUGGUUUACCAGGACGGAUUUUACGGUGCUGACCUCUAUGGCGGAUACGCAGCCUACAGAUAUGCACAGCCGGCUACCGCGACCGCGGCCACAGCCGCUGCCGCCGCCGCCGCAGCUUACAGCGACGGUUACGGCCGAGUAUACACAGCCGACCCCUACCACGCCCUGGCUCCUGCCGCUAGCUAUGGAGUUGGCGCUGUGGCGAGUUUAUACCGAGGUGGCUACAGCCGAUUUGCCCCCUACUGAAGUGACGUGAGACCCCGCAAAUGGGACAGCCCCCCAGUUCAUGAGGCCUGGCUAUUGCAAUAUUUACUAGUAGAGGAACUCUAUAGCAAGAUGAAGAGGAAAAACAAACAAACAAAAAAAAAAACACAAAAAAAGAGAGAAUACUUUUUUAUACCUCACUAUGUUCUUUGAAUAUGUAUUUUUCCUUUAAAUUUCUGCCUUUAAUUCUUUUGUUCCAAAGAUUGUGCAUUUUUUUCUUUUUUUUUCCUUUUUUUUUUUUUUAACUGUGGUAAAAAAAAAAAAAAAAAUAAUGCAUUUCCAUGUCUGUAUGUCCGUGCUAGCUCAUUCUGUCAAUCACGGAAGAGGCAGUUCAUGAGGAAGGAGAGACCUUAGGAGCUGAUGAAUGCAUGUGAUCAGAAAUCAGCAGGCAGAGUUACCAAAGUGUAUCCGGUGCUGAGUGGCUGGGGGACAAGCAGAAGUGGAGAUCUUUCUGCGACAGGAUAUUCUUCUAGUCUUCUGAGUUUCUGGUCUUCGGCAGGCAAUUCUGGUUGGCUGUGGCUGGAAUCCACAUGCUGAUAGAUGACAGGAAUUUGUGCUUGCAAAGCGGGAGAAUUAAAAGCCACUGUCCUCUCCUCUUCCCUCCUGUCUUCUCCAUCCUUUUUACAAUCAUCUUACCUGCACAGCCUGAGACGGUUGGCAUAGUUUUUGGAAUUAUAGUAUUAAUAUUUCCAAACACGCUCUCAGACUGUGGAUAAUAAACACCUCAUUAGGAAACCGAUCUCAGAAUGAACUCCGGAGUGUGAAAAAGAUCAUUCUUUUCUUUCUUGAGAUCCUAGCAUUCCUGCUGGGCCCCUUCUCCUUCCUCUGAACCACGGCUUGGCUCAUCUGUCCUUUUAUGAACUCCCUGCUCCCACGUCCUCAAGAGUCAGGAAUUUAGGACCCAGGGACAGGAGAAUAAAUAGCCAGCGACCAGAUUUCCCGGCUUGAGGGUUAGAAGUACAGAGUGUUGGGAGUCAGUAAAGACAGUAAGGAAAAGAAAAGGGAUAUCGGAGGGUGUCUGGCAGGGCUCUGAUAUUCCUGUCCUUUCUCUUACAUCAGGAGGGCAGUACAAGGUGUAAAACGUAUGAAAACCGUUAGCAAAAGAUCAAGCAUUGAGUGCCGGGUCCGCUGUCCCUGGAAGCUUGCGGUGACCGGGGCACGGAAGGGCAGGCAGGGGCGCUUUGUACUGGCUCCAAAGCCAUAGGAAUCCCCAGCUCCCGGGGCCUCUGCGAGCCACUUCUCUGUCCACAGUCUUGAGCUCUCGUGGCCCUUCCGCCCGGCUUCUCGUCAUCCUCCAAAGACGCCAGCCGAGCACCCGCCCACUUGGCGUAUAUACCAACACUACAGGAUAUCAAAUCCGAGCCCCUGAGGGUGCUCCCCUCCCAUCCUGGAAGGAGAGUCUGACAUGGCAAGGAUCUUCUGUGUUGCCAGGAAGAGUCAUGUGGUGGCCGCAGCAGUGGGUCACUGCCGCGGCCCUGCAGCUCUGAUGUUACAUGUAUAAGCAAGGUAGGGGAGAGGCGUUUCUCUUCUAGCUGGUAAUGGUAGAGGCCAGGGUCCUGCCGCAUUUCCAAAAUGAAGGCCUGAGAAAAUAGAAAAGCACGUUCUGUUUGGCUCCCUGGUCUAUUCACGUUGGUACUAGGGUGACCUCUCACCCAAGGGAUAGCUGCUCAAGGGAGUAAUUCAGAGACAUGGAGCUUCCGGUUUGGUAUGGGUUUAUUUUCCGUUUGUGUUUUUGUUUUUGUUUUUGUUUUUUUACUCCUGCCUCCACACAUGUUCUUGACUGAUGACUAUUCGUGUCCCUGAAUUAAAAUGACUGACACAUGGCAGCAUGAAGCAUCCUUUGUAAGCAGAGUGAUCUGUCCGGGAGGGACUGGCCUGUCGUGUAAAGCACAACUCUUCUCCCCUCUCGGAAGCCCCGCUCUCCUGAUGACCGGGGGAGAGGCUGUCCCUGAAACGAAGGGAGACGUCAAGGAAGAUAGAGGCCUCGAUGCAAUCUUAACUGAUUCUGGGGAGGACUGCAUGGAACAGGGGACACCAAACUGCCCGGGCCGUUGGCCACUUUGAACGGUUCUCCUCCCCAAGCCAAAGUUUGGUUUGUUGCCGUUAAGACAAUUUUUGUUGUGUUGUAUGUAAAUAUUUUAGUUAGAGGAAGGGCUCAUGGGAUGCGGGGGCUAUCACAGUUCUAGAGAAUGGGGGCAGGGAGGAUUUUUUUUCCCCCCUUUGCUUUUGGCUUUUGUUUUGAGGGAGAGCUUUUACUGACUAAAGACACAGAGAAACCUCGGGUUGUGUUCAAACAGGGGCCAUUGACAAAAAUGGCAAACCACGGCUCGGUGGAGACCAGGCCAGAUUUGACAUGGUUGUGGCUGUCGCAGGGGAAUGAGCUUAAUCAUUUGCUCUUCUUUUGUCCGAGAGAGAGACCAGGACGGUGGGAAAGGGAGAGAAGGCAGCCCCCACCGCCCUUCGGAAAGAGGCGGAAGCUGGAGCUUGGGGUUCCUUGCGUGCAUUUCAGUUCAGCGGGUUCUGGCUGAGGACUCCGCGGGCAGGCCCUGCGUGCCCUGCUGCGUCUCCAGGGAUGGCUUUGAGCACGGCUUCCCCCAGCUCCCUUCUCUAAGGAAGGCCAAGCAGAGUUCGGCUUUCGCCAGAGGGCCUUUGCUUUUUAGCGUCAGCACUGAGACUCGGGGCUCCCGUGAGCACCCGAAGGAGACGGUGUCGGCCUCCCCCUCACCUCUUGAACUUUGAGACUCCGUACGUACAGCCAGCCCCCUCGGAGGCAGGUUCCUCGGAGCACCGAGGCUUGUCUGCUCCCGGCUCUGGUUCCCGUCGCAACGAGCGACCAAGCCGGGAGGGAGUCUGGCGUCUGGGGGUUCGUGGGCGGAUGCCGCUCGAUGAUCCAAAAACCUCACCGAUGCUGAAGGCCAGCACGUGACCGAUUUCCACAGCUUUCCCGUAGCUCCUGGCGUGGACUCCUGUGCUUAGCAUCUUACUCCUAGAGAAGCUGGGCUCCUUUAAGGAGACCCCUAGCGAAAACCGUCCUCUCGGUCUCCCUCUUUCGGCCCAGAGAGCUGCCCGUAGGUCUUUUCUGGAAUCCCUUGUGGUGCGCGGCUCACCGGGUCAGACGUUGUGACUCAGCGUUGUUAAGGCGCUCUGGUGUGCCGGCCUUGCCGCCGCCCCCGGCCUCCGGCAGCCGCGAGGUGGGAUGGAGCCGGUGUCACUUGUCCUCGAAAAAGAAGGGCACUGGGGCUCAACUCCUAGUUUAAGAGGGGAGCUAGUGGACGUUAUUCAGUAGAAACCCGGGACAGCAGCUUUUCCUGAAAAGUAGAACCCCUCAGGGGCUGGGCCGCUCUGACUUCAGGUCAUACUUUCCUAGCCGUGCAGCAGAGCAGUGGGUGAGUCAACACCCCCCGUUAGUUUCCCGAUGGGAGGGAGGUGUAGACUCGGGAUGGAAGCCACCUCGAGGACCUGCAGGAAGGCCUUGAUCACCCCGCUUUCCUCGGGCAGGCGCGCGAGGCCACGCCAGGGUCCAUCUGGAAGGCACGCCGGCCGGGAGCCCGGCGUCCAGCCCCCUCUGCUGCUUGCAGCCUCUAGGACAGUAACAUUUGCAGAAUUGCAGACUUUUUUCCCCCAGUUGAUAGGAAGAAAGGGACUUUGGGGGGUGGGGGUUGGGGAAGGGGUAGUGGUGUUUCAAAAAGCAUAAGUUACCUGUUUGCACUGUUAUAAGAUAGGAAAAAAAAAUAGUGGGCAAGGUGAACAUCAGACGUAAAUUUGCGUGUUUUUAUUUUGUCAUGCUCUUGAAGAUGUCUGACCAUUUGUAGGUAUACACCAGUGAAACUUGAUUCUCUGUUGCAUCAAACACUUUUUUUUUUUUUUUUUUUGGCAAUGUUACUGUCCACAAACCUCUUCUCCCCUCCCUUUCCCUGUUCCUGUGUACUUCUUCAUACUUGCUUUACUGAUCAACCAGGCAAUAGCCAUCCAAGAGCUAGAGCGUGAAGCAGGGCCCUCUCCAAGUAGGCUCCGGGUGUCCUAAGCCAGCACGUGCCCUCUGGUUUAGUGAGUGCAGUCGAGUCCCUGGCACCCGUCUUGAAAACAAGGCUUCCAGACCAGACUCCAGCAAGUUCUCGAAUUCCUGAAUCCGAUGGACCAGGAGCGAGGAGCUGAGCGUGGAGGGGACCCCUCGGGUACCGAAGUUGGCUGUAGUAGCUGAGUUCUUCUCCACGUUACCGGAACUGUAGCCAGUUACAGUUUACUCAGGAAAACGGUAGAUCAAUUCAGCCAUGGUAGUGCUGGUUGGCAGGGAUUGGUAACUGAGGGAACUGCUCGUCAGCCAAAAUGCAAACCUUGCCUUUAAGGAGACUGCCAGCGGGGGGCUGGGAGGGGGGGGGGAGGGCCUUUCCGUGUCCCUUCUGGCUGGUGGUCACACACGCCUGUGUGGGGAAGGCCCGGUCACACUGGCAAGCAAAAAGGGAACAUCAAUUCUCUCUCCUCUCCCCACCCCCUGCCCCAGUCACCAACACCAGAUUCCCAGGGGGUACACGCGGUUUUGAAUUUUUUUUUUUUUUUAAGUGACUUUCGGUUUGGUUUUUCUGGGGACUGAUAAGUGCUUUAAGCAAUGUCUCUACCCCGUUGAGACUCCCAGCUUAGCCAUUUUCUUGUAUUUUUCUGUUCACAGUAUUUGUGUGUGUGUGUGUGUGUGUGCUCGUUUUGGCUGUAUUAUAUAUCGAGUGAUGAAUUGAUCCUCUUUUUUCCCUAAGGGAUAUGAACUGUUUUUGGUUUUGUUUUUUUUUUCUUGUGUUCUAAUUCUGCUUGUGAAUAGCUGGAGCAAACCUGGGGCUGACACACGUAAGCUAGGGCUCAGGUUCUCAGAGAGCCAGCGCAGUUGACUCGUCCCUGACGGGCGACCGACCUGCGUCUCUGAGCCUUUCAGUCCAAAUCUUUGCAAGGCUGAAAACGCCACAGACCCUCUCCUCUCCUCCCCACCCCCCAUGGCAGGGACUGGACCAUCCCGACAUGCAACACGCAGCCUCUCCGGCCCCCUCCCGUUGCCAUGGCAAAACAGGUACCUUUGGGGCACGGGGGCAUCACGUGGGAUGCUUGUAUAAUUGACCACCUCGCCUUCUCUCCCCACCCCCUCACCCCCAGAGUCACUUCCUAGGACACCCGAGCUGCUUGCCCAGGGUCCUGUUUCCCUGCGAACUCCAGAGAAGCACCCCAGGGCUUUGUGACAGUCUCUGACUCCCUCCCCUUCUCGUUAAGAAUCAUAUUGUAUAGUAGCUUUCAGACCAUACAGUAUUCAUUGGGUUACUCCUAUUAUUAUCAAGUAGCUGGAAUUGUGAAGGUCGGAGUAGUUAGAUCUUUAGCUUUUAUUCCUUAUUUUUUUGUAUUACUAUCCAUGUGUAUAAAUUAUUGAUCAUGUUGCUGGCUUUUAUAAACUCUAAGCAAAGGAGGAGCACUGCCUCUGCCUUUGCAAAUGGUAAUGAAGCACUGUUUUUAAAUAAAAGAGAGAAACACCA